AUGUCAGAUGAGACUAAGUGUGUGAUAACACUUAUUGGCCACGACGAUGAAAUACCAGAGGAUGUGUCAAUACGAGUUCGAGAAUUUUUGAGAGAAAUCUCGAGUACGAAUUGGUCCACGAAACAGUUGAGCUCAAGAUGUUACGAAUUCACAUUCAAUAUAAAAUCAGCGGAGUAUGGAAAUAUUUUACAAAAAGUCAAAUCAGAAUGUCUAAAUCAAACUUAUGAUCUAAUUUUGCAAAAACUCAUAGAUCAGAAAGGUAAAAAAUUAUUUGUAUUCGACAUGGAUUCAACUUUAAUUUACCAAGAAGUUAUAGAAUUAAUUGCAAGUUAUGCCAACAUAGAGGACAAAGUAGCAGAAAUUACAGAAAGAGCAAUGAAUGGAGAAUUGGAUUUUAAUGAAAGUUUGAGAGAAAGGGUUUUGUUAUUGAAGGGAAUUAACUCUACUAAUAUAUGGAAAGAAUUGGAACAGAAGAUAGAAAUAACGAAUGGUGUGAAACCAUUGACUAAAGCUUUGAAAAAACUUGGUUGUUAUUUAGCUGUUUGUUCUGGAGGAUUUAUACCAUUAGCUGAACACAUUAAAAAUGAAUUGGGAUUAGAUUACGCUUAUGCUAACACUUUAGGUGUAGAUGAGGAAAACAUUUUAAAUGGUGAAACAAUUGGAGAAAUAGUGAAUGGUGACAAAAAAGCUGAGCUAUUAUUGGAAAUUGCAGCCAAGCAUGGAAUAGACCCAAAACAGGCAGUAGCAAUAGGUGAUGGAGCAAAUGAUUUGAAAAUGAUGUCAGUAGCUGGAUUUGGUAUAGCAUGGAAUGCAAAACCGAAAGUUCAAUUAGAAGCUCCUUCUUGCUUGAACACAAAAUCUUUGCUAGAUGUUUUGUAUAUAAUGGGGUAUACCCAAUCUGAGAUAGAGGAUUUAAUUAUAUGA